UUUUCCUUGAAGAUUUCUACCGAUCUUCCCUCUCUCUCUGAAUACCCAUGAAAUUCUUUCCUCCUCUGCAUCGAAAUCUUAAUAAAAUUCUUCUCACAAUGGUGAUUUUGUAGGGUUGGGUUUUCUUGAAUUUCACCCAUGGGGUUUGGGAUCAAACCAGGCAUGAGAGACCUGGAGACAGGGCUGAGGCUUUCGUCCAGCGCUAGUUGUCUGUACGAGCUACAGCCUCCGCCUUCUCCGACGACACCGACUUUGGUGCUGUCCAAUUCAGGCAAGACAUUGCUCGUAUCAAAUUCGAGUAAGUCUCUGGUUUUAUCCAAUUCUGGGAAGAGGUUCGAUAAGAAGAAGUAUGUGAAGCAGGUGACGGGCAGGCAUAAUGACACUGAGCUGCAUUUGGCAGCGCAACGGGGUGAUUUGACUGCUGUGAGACAGAUUUUGGGUGAAAUUGAUGCUCAGAUGGUUGGUACUUUAAGUGGAGCAGAUUUUGAUGCAGAGGUUGCAGAGAUAAGGUCUGCUAUUGUGAAUGAGGUGAAUGAGUUAGGAGAGACGGCGUUGUUUACCGCAGCAGAGAAGGGGCAUUUGGCUAUUGUGAAGGAGUUGUUGCAGUAUUCCACCAAGGAAGGCAUGACUAUGAAGAAUAGGUCUGGUUUUGAUCCUUUCCAUAUUGCUGCAAGUCAAGGUCAUGAAGCCAUCGUCCAGGUAUUGUUAGACCACGAUCCAGGGUUGAGUAAAACAGUUGGGCCAUCAAAUGCAACUCCUAUUAUUUCUGCUGCUACAAGAGGUCAUAUCGGAGUAGUCAAUGUGUUGCUUUCAACCGAUUCUAGCUCGCUAGAGAUAUCUAGGUCCAAUGGGAAGAAUGCAUUACAUUUAGCUGCUCGACAAGGGCAUGUUGAAAUUGUGAAAGCUUUGCUUCGCAAAGAUCCACAACUGGCACGAAGGAAUGAUAAAAAAGGGCAGACAGCAUUGCAUAUGGCUGUAAAAGGAACUAGUUGCGAAGUGGUGAAACUGCUUCUUAAAGCGGAUCCAGCUCUUGUUAUGCUUCCUGACAGGUUCGGCAACACUGCAUUACAUAUUGCAACCAGGAAAAGGAGGGCAGAGAUUGUCAAUGAAUUAGUAUUACUUCCGGACACAAAUGUGAAUGCAUUGUCUAGAGACCAUAAAACAGCCUACGACAUAGCUGAAGGACUUCCGCUAUCUGAAGAAACCUCGGAGAUAAAAGAAUGCUUAGCACGCUACGGGGCAGUAAGUGCAAAUGAUCUCAAUCAACCCCGAGAUGAGCUAAGAAAAACAGUAAAGGAGAUAAAAAAGGAUGUCCAUAUUCAGCUUGAACAAGCUCGCAAGACAAACAGAAACAUGAAUGGGAUUGCAAAGGAACUCCGGAAACUCCAUAGAGCUGGAAUAAACAAUGCAACCAACUCGAUCACAGUUGUUGCUGUGCUCUUUGCAACAGUUGCAUUCGCAGCAAUUUUCACAGUUCCGGGUGGCGAUGAUGAUACUGGGAUGGCUGUGAUGGUUGGCAGUCCAUCAUUCCAAGUGUUCUUCAUAUUUAAUGCGAUUGCCCUGUUCACAUCCUUGGCAGUCGUUGUGGUACAAAUAACAGUUGUAAGAGGAGAGACAAAAUCAGAGAGACGAGUUGUAGAAGUAAUCAAUAAGUUGAUGUGGUUGGCUUCCGUUUGCACUACAAUAGCAUUUAUCUCUUCAUCUUACAUCGUUGUUGGUCGGCGUAACAGAUGGGCAGCUGUUCUCAUUUCCAUCAUCGGUGGCCUAACAAUGACUGGCAUUCUAGGUUCAAUGACAUACUAUGUGAUCAAGUACAAACGUGUCCGAAGGGUGAGGAAAAAGAUGAAGCUUAUGAGAAAUGGGAACAAUUUAUGUCGUCAUUCAGAGUCGGAUUCGGAAGUAAAUCCAAUCUAUGCCAUAUGAUCCUACAUACAUUUGGAACAACAUGGCUACGUUGCGAGAUCACCCAACACGCUGCAGUUCGGCACCGAGGGAACCUGUGUUGUGUUAGAGGAUGCAAUACUACUACUCUCAGUUCCCAUUUUUAGACCAUCACUCCUCGUUGAUGCAGACAUUUUUUGAUCAGAUGAUGAAACACAUCUGUUCUUAAAGCCCAUUGGGGGGUUAAGAUAGAGAAUUAUUGGAUGUCUUUGGCUUAUGGUUAAGAUAAACAUACGACUUUGGAGGCUGAGUUGUAUUGAAUCGUCCAAGCCAGCUCGAAAUAUCAUUCAUAAUGGUUAAUGCAUAUAUUUAUCCUAAUGUAAUUAAUAUAUAGCGAAUUUGUUAUUCAUGACUAAAAGAAAACUUAAAAAAAAAAAAAGAGCCAAAAUAGUGAAGAAGAUUGCUUUGUUGUAAAGUAAAAUUUUGUAACUUCGUUUUGUUCGUACUUUUCAUGAAGAAACUCAUUGUCAGUGAAAGACUGAGGAUUCAAUUUUGACAAUAUUAACUUCAUUCAAAAUC